AGAAGGAAUGUGUAUCUAUUAGAUACGUAGCAUCUAUGGUUAGCGUAAAACUAUCAUCGAUAAUUAUAUAACGCAAUUGAUUCAAGGGAUUAAAAAUAUAAAUAAUUGAGACAUCAGGUUUUGUAACAAUUAUAAGUAAUAUUGUACAUCAUGCUUGAUCACGAUCAUAUUACUGGAUUGAGAUAUGCUUCACCUAUACUUAAGGGACCCCCUACAGAUUUCGUGGCUCAUGUACGAAAUCUCCAAUUCCUCAAAGAGUGUGCACAAUACGAGUUGCAAUAUGUUGAUUGCAUGGAAGCAUAUGGUGGUCACAGAGGUCAAAAACAAUGCAGAUUGAUAUUAGAGGAUAUGUAUGAAUGUGCGAUGAGAAACAAGAGAAUACGGCGUAUAGAAAUGAUGCAUCAAGAGAGAAGGCGUCAAUAUAAGAAUGGUGAGAAGGAAAAGCUGUGGGCGGAAACUCCUCCACUUGAUCUAUUUUGAAUUAGUCUCCUGCUAAUAUAUAUAGUUUAUGUAUAGAUGUAUCGGAUACUCUGUUAAGUGAUUAUAGAUGACAGAAGUGUUUCAUCAUCUAUAAAAAAGCCAAGUUUCAUCAGUUUAUUUGUAAAUUCCUAUCUCUUCACUCCCCUAGAAAUGUUUUCAUCAAUAUAAUGUUUAAAAUCGA